GAUUGAAACUUCCCUGGCCAGGGCUCAGAAGCAAAUCUGAAGGCAAGAAGACAGAAACCAGUUUUAUAAUGGAUUCGCUUAUUGCAGCAAAUAGCAAAUUUUGCUUCGAUUUCUUCCAAGAGAUUAGCAAAGAUGAUGCUCAUAAAAAUAUCUUUGUCUGCCCUCUAAGUCUCUCAGCUGCCUUUGGUAUGGUCCGCCUGGGAGCUAGAGGGGACAGUGCACAUCAGAUUGAUGAGGUAUUACAUUUCAAUGAACUUUCCAACGAUGAAAGCAGAGAACCCAAUGAUCCCUCUUCAAAAAGCAAAAGCAAAGACAGCUCUCUGGAAGGGCAGAAACAAACAUCAGCUUCUCAGAAUCAGCAGAGUGAGUCUACAAAUGAGCAUCAAUUGCUUGGUUGCCAGUUUGGGAAACUUCUCUCCAGAAUAGACAGAGACAAAACUUAUUACACUCUAAGUAUGGCCAACAGACUCUAUGGAGAGCAGGAAUUCCCAAUCUGCCCGGAAUACUCUGAUGACGUAACUGAAUUUUACCACACGACAGUCGAAAGUGUAGAUUUCCAAAAGGAUACUGAGAAAUCAAGACAAGAGAUUAACUUCUGGGUUGAAAAUCAAUGCCAAGGUAAAAUCAAGGAGCUGUUUGGCAAGGAGGCUAUUGAUAAGUCAACUGUGCUGGUGCUGGUGAAUGCUGUUUACUUCAAGGCCCAGUGGGAAAAAGAAUUCAACUCUGAAAACACCGUUGAUGCAUCUUUCUCUCUCAGUGAGAAUGAGAAGAAGACUGUAAAGAUGAUGAAUCAGAAGGGUCAGUUUAACAUUGGCUUCAUCGAGGAGCUGCAGGCGCAAAUCCUGGAAAUGAAGUAUACCAUGGAGAAGCUCAGCAUGCUGGUCCUGCUUCCAUCUUGCUCAGAAGACAACGUGAAGAGCCUGCAAGAGCUUGAAAAGAAAAUAAACCAUGAAAAAUUACUCGCCUGGAGUAGCUCAGAAAAUAUGUCGGAAAAACCCGUAGCCAUUUCCUUUCCCCAGUUCAUCAUGGAAGAUAGCUACGAUCUCAAGUCAGUUCUACAAGACAUGGGCAUUAAGGAUGUCUUUGAUGAAACGAAGGCUGACCUUACUGGAAUCUCUAGGAGUCCCGAUCUGCAUUUGUCCAAAAUUGUCCACAAGACCUUUGUGGAAGUGGAUGAGAUGGGUACCCAGGCAGCUGCAGCCAGUGGGGUGGUGGCUGCAGAGAAGGCCCUUCCAUCCUGGGUGGAGUUUAAUGCCAACCACCCUUUCCUCUUUUUCAUCCGACACAACCCAACUCAGAGUCUACUUUUCUGUGGCAGAGUCUAUUCACCUUGAAUCUACUCUGGCUUUUGAGGGGUUGAGGUGAAUGGCAAUAUAGUUUUCCCCUUGUAAAACCUGGGCACUUGUGUUUAGCUGAGUGCCUGAAGCUGACUACUUGCUGCUACAGUUGUGCACAGAAUCCUGCAAGCCUCCCUUAAGUUUUGUUCUGAUAACCUCUAUCACCAGAAGCCAGAUCUCACCACUUGUUAAUGAAGUAGCCUCGCUCCCUCCCUAAUCUUUACUGAUCUAAACUUUCAAGCAUAUAAAUUCACCUUCUAUGAUUUGGAGGUCAACACAA